CCCUUCCUAUCCGACCUGGUCCCUGGCAGGAUGGCUCCGGCAAAGAAAGGUGGAGAGAAAAAGAAGGGAUGUUCUGCCAUCAACGAGGUGGUGACCAGGGAGUAUACCAUCAACAUUCACAAGAGGAUUCAUGGAGUAGGCUUCAAAAAGCAAGCUCCUCCGUCUCUAAAGGAAAUUCGCAAAUUUGCCGUGAAAGAAAUGGGAACUCCAGAUGCACGCAUUGACACCAGACUCAACAAAGCUGUUUGGGCCAAAGGAAUAAGGAAUGUCCCAUGCUGUAUCCGAGUGCGUUUGUCCAGGAAACACAAUGAGGAUGAAGAGUCACCAAACAAGCUGUACACCUUGGUUACUUAUGUACCUGUCACCACUUUCAAAAGCUUACAGUCAAUGUGGAUGAAAACUAAACUGAACUUCAUUUAA